AUGGCGCAGUGGGCGAAUAGACACGAAAGACUGAAGCCGAGUGUGACGAGUCUUGUCCCGACGCUCCUCGGACUGACGACAGUGCUCCUCAUCUUGUUGGCACUACUUGCUGGAGUGAACAAUUCUCUCACAGCGCUGUACUACUUCAAGGUUGACGUAUCUCAACUCAGCGUCCCUUCGAGCCUGGCAGGCUCAGGGUUUCUCCAGGAUCUCACAGCCGUGAGCGGCAUCGACCUCGUCGGGCAGGAAGCGACUGCUUCGUCCCUCGGGCUGGCCCAGACAUACACAGUCAACAUCCUCAACUCUUGCGCAGAUUUUCCAUCCAAGACUGUUUGUUCUACGCCCAACCUCAAGCUCAACUUUAGCCCAGGCAGCGACCUGCACCUUGACGGCACCGGUUAUCGAGUCUCGGAUGCAAACUCGUACUCGCGCAGCCUGAUUCGAUACCGCAACAGCCAUCGCUUCAUCGCGCCAGAGUACAUCAUCGCCGCCGUAGCGACCUUACUAGCCGCUACCCUGGGCCUAGCGGGAAACCGCAGCAAGGGCACUGCCUUCGUCACCCUGGCCCUCUCUGGUCUGGGCACCGGCUUCUUGCUCGGCGCCAACGUCGCGGCCACCAUCAACGCCCAGCGGAUCGUGAAAGCCAUCAACGCCAACUUCUCAGAUGCUGGCGUCAACGCGAAGAUCGCCGGAGGCGGUAUCCCCAUCACGUGGACCGCGUUCGCCCUCUCCCUCGUCUCGACGAUCAUCCUCGCAGUCAGACUAUACAGAUGGUCAGCGUCCUCCUCCGGGCCGGCACCGCGGGAGUGGGUCGUCCUGCGGCACAACGCGGGCAAAUCUGGCGGCGGCAAGGCGGGCAACAUCCUUGUGACCGGCCGCGACGCGUACGAGGGAGCCGGCGCCGACAGGACGGCCCAGUCGCCGGUGGGCCAGCUGCUCAACCGCGUGUCGACCUGGGGCCAGCACAAGUACGUGCAGGUCGAGAAGCAGCUCGACGUCGGGCGGGAGCGGCGGUUCGAGCGCGAGAUGGAGCGUCACGAUCGCUGGGCUAGCGACCAGAGUGAGCCUAGACACGUGGGAGGUCGGCCGGAGUAUAUUCCGAUGGGGAGUAUGGCGGACAACCGAGAACACGGGAGGAAUUUGGAAUCUUACGAGCCUUACCGGAGUAACCAGCGGGGAUAG